AUGGCGGCGUCCCGGCUUUUCGGUCUGGCCUCCCUCGCUACCACCUCCCUUCACGCUGUCUCUGCUUCCUCAGCCCAGUUGCAGCAGCCGUUGUUCGACGAUGGCCAUCAAGCAGCUUUGGCUCAGGCAAAAAAGCCUCUGGUUGACAGCCAGGCCCUGCAGGACAGUAUCUCGAUAGACAGACUUGUCAAGGGUGCCCAAGACCUGUAUGAAAUCGCCAACCUCAGCUCACAUGAGUACAAUCGACCAACUCGCGUCAUCGGGAGUGAGGGCCAUCUAGGGACACUGGAUUACAUCCGCAAAUCCAUCUCGGAACUGGGGGACUACUAUGAGAUAGUGGAACAGCCAUUCCCUGCUUAUGUUGGCUGGGUUCAGGAGUUCCGUCUCGUGAUCGGCAAUGAUUUCUAUGAGGCAGCACAGCCCAUGAGUCUCACCCCGCCGACCAAGGACCGGGAGCCCGUCCGCGGGGAUCUGGUUCUUGUUGAUAACAGCGGAUGCUCGUCAGAGGAUUACCCAUCCAGUGUUAAGGGGAACAUCGCAUUCAUUCGCCGCGGGACUUGCGCCUUCGGUGACAAGUCUGCUCUGGCAGGCAAGGCGGGCGCCAUCGCCGCCGUCAUAUACAACAACGAGAAAGGCGAGCUCUCCGGGACUCUCGGCACCCCUGAUGACAACCACGUCGCUACUUUCGGCAUUCCUCUGGUCGACGCCAAGCCUCUCCUCAAGAAGCUGGAGGAUAAGGAAACGGUUGACGCGAUAGCGUACAUCAGCUCAUGGGUCACCAACGCCAUCACGAAGAAUAUCGUGAUCCAGACUGUCGAGGGCGACCCGGACAACUGUGUCGCCCUUGGUGCCCAUUCUGAUAGCGUUGAGGCAGGUCCCGGUAUUAACGAUGACGGAUCUGGCACGCUCUCUCUCCUCGAAGUCGCGAAGCAGCUCACCAAAUUCCGUGUGAACAACUGCGUGCGCUUUGCUUGGUGGUCUGCCGAGGAGGAGGGCCUGGUCGGGUCCAGCUACUACGCAUCCAACCUGUCUUCCGAUGAAAACCUCAAGGUCCGCUUGUUUAUGGAUUACGAUAUGCUUGCGAGCCCUAACUUCGCCUAUCAAGUCUACAAUGCCACCAACGAUGCUCAUCCCGUUGGGUCAGAGGAGCUCCGUGAUCUCUACGUUGACUGGUACGAGGCCCACGAUCUCAAUUACACCUUCAUCCCAUUCGACGGCCGCAGCGACUACGAUGGUUUCAUCCGGGCCGGAAUCCCUGCGGGUGGAAUCGCCACUGGCGCUGAGGUUAUCAAGACCGACGAGGAACGCGAGCUUUUUGGCGGCAAGGCUGGAGAGGCAUUCGACGAGUGUUAUCACUUGCUCUGCGACGACACGGGCAAUGUGAAUGUCACGGCCUGGGAGCUCAACACGAAGCUGGUCGCACACAGCGUGGCCACCUAUGCGGCCUCUUUCAAGGGCUUUCCCAAGCGUGAUUCUGAUGCCUUGCGGGCGAACAGUGUGGAGACAAACAAAUAUGCGCAGACUGCCAAAUACCGUGGCGACUAUCUCUUCAUUUAG